UACAUUUUGUUGAUAACAGCCUAGCUUUGACAGACGUAGCUAGUUUGUGAGAUUGGCCUCAAAGCUUUAAGUUAGCGUAAUUAUUUUUCUUAAAAAUUAAGACUGACUUCGCCAAACCUUUAAUAUUGCACUAUGCUACAGUUCCUGGCUGGAUUCACCUUGGGCAACGUUGUGGGGAUGUACCUCGCUCAAAACUAUGAUGUUCCAAACAUUGCCAAAAAAAUUGAGGCUUUCAAGAAAGACGUGGAGGCCAAGAAGAAGCCACCGGAGUGAGCACCAUGGAUGAUAUUUCCAGCAACAUAAUGCACUCUGCAGAGGAUUUAUUUAUUUUACAGGAUUGUGGAACAAGUGUACAUUUGUAUGGGAGUUGACAGUGCCUGAAACAAUGCUUCAUUUUUAUCUCUAUUUCUAUGAUGCCUACUGGGUUCAAAUUCCUUUUUCAAUUCCAGUGUUAGCAUUUGGCAACUAUUGUCUAACAAUUAGAACAUAUUCAGCUUUCAAUAAAGUUGCUGAUCAUUACUUUA